AAUGUUCAAUUUUGCAAAGUCUAUUAUUUUGUAUGCAUGCGUUUUUGACGGCUAAGGUGGCCUCGGUUGAUCCAACUUUUUUAUGUUCAACGAUGCCGUAAAGCUGCGAAAAGGAUGCAUAGGUACCAAAUUAGCAGAGCACACUGAAGUCCUACAAUGCAACGGACAAUUCGACUUAACGAAAAUCAGCUUAUUAUGUUAUCAGAACGCGCUCAAAAUGACAAUUCGCAAUCGGGAUAUUUGCAUAAACGUUCUGCUGACAGCAGCAAAUGGCAGUUACGAUGGUUUGUGCUCUACCAGAAUCUUAUGUUCUAUUACGAUUCGGAACAGUGUCAUAGGCCCAGUGGCGUGUUAUUGUUGGAGGGAUGCUACUGUGAACGACUUAUAACAACGGGUCACACCUCAAAAGCAAAAGAUGGAAGCGAUAAACAGUAUUGCUUUUCAAUAACGUAUCGCAGAGAAAAUCAACGGCACUAUGAGCUUAGAGCUUUAUCCGAAACAGAAUGUAAAAGCUGGAUUGAAGCCAUCCAUGAUGCCAGUUUCAAUAAGUUACUCCUACAAAAAGAAGAAUUAGAACAAAAACAUAUUCAUCUCUUGCAAAUAUUUGAGUCCCAGAAGACUGAAAAAAGGCAAUACGCUCAGCAAUGUGAGGAGCUUGCUUCAGAAAUAAAGAAAUUACGUGCGGAGCUUUUCGCUUUGAAAAAGGAAUGGAGGCCGUCUUGUGGAUAUCAAUCCACAAGAAGUUCAAGUUCAAGUCAAGGUACUACGUCGGAGAGUUGUCUUCUAAGUAACGUGGGAGAAGACUCCGCUGAACUAAGGAAAAUAAAAAAGGUUCAGAGUUUCUUCAGAGGGUGGCUGUGUAGAAGAAGAUGGAAACAGAUUGUCGAACAAUACAUCAAAAGUCCGCACGCAGAAAGUAUGAGAAAACGUAAUUGUCUUGUGUUUCGUAUGGUGGAAUCUGAAGAGGAGUAUACUGAGCAAAUGGAAGUUCUCAUAUCAUGCUUUUUGCGACCGUUUAAAAUGGCUGCGUCGUCAAAAAAACCUCCUUGCUCACACGAAGACGUUAACUCAAUAUUUUUAAAUAGCGAAACCGUGUUAUUCCUUCAUCAGAUAUUUCUCAAGGGGUUAACUUCGCGCCUAGAAAGUUGGCCUACUUUAGUGUUAGGCGAUUUAUUUUCAAUGCUUCUCCCAAUGUUAAGUAUUUAUCAAGAAUACGUUCGAAAUCACCAUUACUCUUUGCAAGUCUUGACCGAAUGCAAACAAACACAACCUUUCGCAGCCUUGUUAGCACGAUUGGAGAACAAAACAGCAUGUCAUGGCCGUUCUUUAGAAACAUUUCUUACAUAUCCAAUGCAUCAGGUUCCUCGAUAUAUCAUUACUCUACAUGAGUUACUUGCUCACACUCCCCACGAUCACGUGGAGCGUAAAAGUUUGCAAAAUGCUCGGCAACAAUUGGAAGAUCUAUCACGCCAAAUGCACGACGAGGUAUCCGAGACAGAAAAUUUGAGAAAAAACCUAGCAUUAGAACGAAUGAUUGUGGAAGGGUGUGACAUCUUAUUAGACGUUAACCAGGUGUUCGUUAGACAAGGAAGUCUAAUUCAGGCUCCGUCUGAAAAACCCAGAACACCACGCAGUAAGCUGAACUUUAAAAGUGAAAAAGAACAUUUGAGGCAGUGUUUCCUUUUUUCAAACCACUUGAUUAUUGCCAGUCGGUCAUCAAGUGGAAAAUUACAUCUCGUUCCGGAAAUUGGAAAGAUUCCCCUGGCUGAUACUUUGUUGGUAGAAGAUCCCAAUGAGAAUCCAUCAGAAGACGAUGAGUCUUCGAUUUGUUCGGUAUCAAGUCAUUCUUCUAGUGUUAGCGAAGUAUCAACGGUAGGUUUAGGACAGUUUCAAAACAGAGAUUUCAAACUAAUAGUGGAUAUAAAAUCUGGUGCCCAACCAAGCCAGAUAUGCGUCCAUUUAAUCGCUCCGACGAUUCAAGAAAAGGCUGCGUGGAUUUCGGACAUCAAUCAGUGCCUAGAUAAUGUACAGUUUAAUGAUAUGAUUCGGCGUUCUGCUGAUAACAGCUCUAUAAGCCUACCUCAGUCGAUGAAAAACGACCCCAAGUUAUUUAAGGACGAAGCCGAUAUUCGAUUUAGUCGCACACUGAAUUCUUGUAAGGUUCCACAAAUUCGCUACGCUACUCCUGAACGGCUGCUUCAGAGAUUAACUGAUUUGAGGUUCCUCUCGAUAGACUUUCUUAAUACCUUUCUGCUCACGUAUCGCGUGUUUACCGACAGUGUUACUGUUCUUGAGGCCCUCAAAAAGGUUUUCUACAGUUCGGAUUCGGAACCGCAAGGUUCAGUGAUAUCCUUAGAAGCGUUUGUGCAAAAAGAUGAAUCUACUUCGCAAUUACUUCCUGAUGAUAAAAGACAUAACAUCUCCUCUCCAAGACGUACGAGCGGCGCUAGUUCAGUUUCGGGCUACGGAUCUGAACUUAGUGAAAGAGAUCGCUCACAUAGCUAUGAUUCUCAAGGUCAUAGCCAUUGGCGAUCAACACUGCACAGAUAUGACGAAAGCAAAGAGCACGGAGUUUCAGAGCAAACCUAUUCUCGUAUGUCAAAGCUAAGUCCUCCAAAUCAAAGUUAUGCCAAGGUACAAGACAAUCUUUCUCCUCCGACACAAAAAUGUAUUUCCAUUAGAGUAGAAGAAACAAAGGAUUCUCAAGAUAACAACUCUCAUUUAUCAAUCCCGAAAGUUACCGCGUCCAGCAGUAGCGAAACAUUGACAGACUUAACUGUACUUAGUGCACCAUGUUCGCCUAGCAACUUAAGUUCAGUCACGUUGAUAGAUACGACAGUAGAUCAAAAUUUUUCUCAAGGAACUCAAACUACUCCAAUGCAUUCUCCUUCUACAGAAACCCCUGGUCCGACCUCAAAUCGCUCGACUACUUCUAAACCUCCAGAGAAAGUGGCAGAAAGAGCAAUCUCUGAAGAUAUAGAAGAUCAAUCGGACGAAUUUAACAUAUUUUACAACACGAUUCAUAGGACAUCUUCUAGUUCGUCACGUUCUGCUUCUAUCUCCACUGCCUAUACAAGUACAGUAUUACAGAGCUACUACGGCUCAAGACGUUCUAUGCAAGAAGGAGACACUUCGACCCCACGAUCGAGUUUCCAACACGAAUCGCCCCAAAAGCCUAGCAAAGCUGGGGUCGUGAUCACGUCAUUUCGGCAAUCUAAACGACGAAGCAGUACUUCCAGUGCCGCUGCAGCUUUUGCCAUUGCAACUUCAGGAUCCAGUAACCCCAGAGACCUGUCACCUGGUUCGCGCGGUGAUGCGAAGUCGAGUAUAUCCGAAUCACAAGACGAGUUCUCUUCUGAAAGGAGUAGGUGCAAGGAAACUAUUAUAUCGACGGCAUGCACAAUGAGAGUUCUAAACGUGUUUAGACAUUGGAUUUCAAAACAUUCGCAAGACUUUGACAACGAUCAACGACUAAAAACCUUAACCAUCGAGUUUUUGGAGGAUGUCAUUUAUAGCCCGAAUUUGUUACCAGCUGAACAUAAAGCAGCUGCUCAACUAUUACGAUUGCUUACCAAGGAAAAACCGGAAAGCUCAAAAGUUGACUUAUCUACCUUGCUCGCUCCUCCCAUCACCCCCACUAAAGAGAGUAUAGAAACGUUGUCUGCUCUUGAAAUAGCGGAGCAAUUAACGUUCAUUGAUCACCAGAUUUUCGUGACAAUAGCUAGCCAUGAAUUUUUGGGACAGGCGUGGAUGAAAAAUGAUAAAAGCAGCAAAGCAUCCCACAUAAUUCUGAUGACAAAACGCUUUAAUGACGUAUCGACGUUAGUAGCCUCCGAAAUUAUACGGAGAAGAAAUUUAACAGCACGAGUGGCUGUUAUUGAAAAAUGGGCAGCUGUUGCAGAUAUAUGCAGAUGUUUGCACAACUUUAAUGGUGUUUUACAAAUUUGCUCCGCUUUCACUAAUAGUUCAAUAUUUAGAUUAAAAAAAACCUGGGAAAAAGUGUCCAAAACGACCAAGCAAACCAUAGAAAAGUUACAAAAUAUAGUGACGUCUGAUGGACGUUUUCGUGCACUACGUGAUGCGCUUCAUCGUUGCGAUCCUCCUUGUAUUCCUUACCUUGGGCUAUAUUUGACCGAUCUUUCGUUUAUUGAAGAAGGUACCGCAAAUUUUACGCCCGAUGGAUUAUUAAACUUUGCCAAAAUGAGAAUGAUUGCCCAUGUUAUAAGAGAAAUUCGCCAUUUUCAACAAACCCCAUAUAAAAUUGACUUAAUCGUCAAGGUUGCGAACUACUUAUUAGAUACUUCACUACUAAUGGACGAAGAGGAGCUGUAUGGUCUUUCUUUAGAAAUAGAACCCAGAACUUCGCGCUUAGGCAGUGCAACAUUGGGUCAACUACCACUACUUGGUACAAAUAAGUAUUAAUUAUAUUUUCACAAACCUUCCGUCACUUAAAUCUUAUGGUGAUGUAACUCAAGACAAUCCUACUGCAUUAAAUUCUUUUAGUUAUAUAAUAAUGACUAUCAACCCCGCAUAUGCAAUCGGUCCAUGCAUUUCACAUGUCAAUCAACCUAAUGUUAGUUGUUAUUAGGCUUAGAUGGAAUGCAAUCACUUGUACUUUAGAAAUACAUAGAGGCAGUGAGGACAAAUUGUUAGAUUACAAAUUUGUUUGGAUUAUUAUAUGUGUAUGUAAUGGAGAAUGGUCUCUUCAACCAUAAAUUGUUAAAAUUUUACAAACAUCUUGCCGAGUAGUUGCGUAACUCAAGAGGUGUAAUAUAGCUCAAAGGUUUAUUAAUAUUUACUUUGAAUAGGUUAGUAUAAAAGUGUGCCUGCUAAAGUAGGCAAGAACGAACUUGCUGUAAUCAUGCAGGUUUCUAUCAGUGAAUCAAUGUGAUAAUAGCAGCCAAUCAUUAUACCUACAUUUUCUAAAAAAAAAUAGUUCUUAACUAAACGAUAUAACUAUUUUGUUCAAACUUUUACAUUUCUAGAUUAAUUCUAAGGGGUUUGGUGUUGUGCUGUAGAGUUUGUUAACAAUCUGGCGGGCUACCUCAAUCUCUCACUUACAUUGCUCAGGAAUAAGUAAUAUUGCUUAAAAUUGAGACUACAGUAGUAAAAUUGGUCUAAUAACCAGCAAUCUACAAACAGUUUCUUUCUGUUAGCAAUGACACAAAGUUCUCCUUAGUACAAAUGUGGACGCAUAUUUUUGAAAAUGUUGAGUAUGGAAAACGGUCUUCAUAGUUUAUCCUCUGUUAGCAUAUGUACACAACAACUAACUUUUUUUAUGCUAAUAAUCAAUAGGCAUGAUUAAAAACUCUCCCUCAAAAAUUAAACCUUUGCUUAUUUCCACAUAUGUUAAUUAUGAACAAAUUGUAAACGUUUGCAAUAAAAGUCUCAACAUUUGUUCAAAUGUUUUGUUGUAAAAUGUUAAAUAAAUGUACCUAUACAGUACUGUUUAGUCCGGAUGUCUCAGACAUGGCCAGGUUUGCCGGUUCACAGCCCACUGUCAGUGUUUAUAAUGACACCAAUCGAAAGAAGAUUUUUCUCUUCUAAAGAUAUACGAAUUAGUUAAUUUUCAGUUGUACUUCUUAUUAUUUUAUCAAAAAUUCGGCAAUAAAUCAAAUUAGCAAAAUCAUGUUAAGCCAUAACUAGCAAGACAGAAAAUUGAUUCAAACGUUAUUCAGGUGUUGCGUUGGCUUGGCCGAACAUAUCGGAGUAAGUCAAAAGUUUGGGGUCUGAAAGGACCAUUUUAUGCAAAGCAUGCAAAUGAAGAUAUAUGACAGCCUUAUACCUUAAUUUGAAACGCCAAGUUUAUGUAGUUAAUAUUACUCGAAUAAACGCAUCGCAGAAACCAUUUUUCUUCAAUGUUACAGUAAAGACUUAAAAGUAGUAGUAUCUAACCGACAAGGUGACUUCUCCCGUAUUUUAUUUAAAUUCGCUACCGCAAUCACCUCAAUGAUCCAUGACAUGAAAUAACAAAGCUAAAAUUUAAUAUUAUAUACGCGUUUUGUAAUGGCCGUUAAGACGGCAAUAAUAUUCAAGUGGAAAUCAAUAUCAGUUUAUCACAAAUUUCAUAAAUUUUUUUUUGGUAAAAUGUAUUUUACUCAGGAAAAAGUAAUUAUAAUUAAAAAAGAUAUACAGCGGAAAUAGUUACCCUAGUGUGCGAGAAUUAUUUUUCCGUGUCGACAAUACGACAAAUAGUCUAUCAAAUCAAUUUGAACAUUCUUCUUUUAGCCAUUUACUAAAAUUUAAUUUAUCUACCUAUAUAUUUUAGUAUAACCAAUGUUCGAAUAAAGAUUUAAAUGAAGUUUUAAUAAAACGAAAUGAAUUUUACAUUUAUUAGGAAUUCAAGGAAAGCUUUUUCAAUUCUUUAGAGAAUUUCCAUUUAAUUGUUGCAAAUUUUUCAUAAAAUUAUCAACAAUAUACCUACCUGAAAAUGAAGUAAUUCGUAUACCAUUAGGUGACAAAAAAAAUCUUUCGAUUGGAGUCAUUAUCAAUCCUUCAAGUUAACAUGGGGAACAACAAUUGGCAAAAAACCUUUUUCCCGUGCCUCCACAUAUUUUAGUUACAUUUGCAUUGGUGCGAUUUUUCCACAGUAGCAUCUUCAUUUUUUAGGAGUAAUUCUGAAAAAAUCUUUUUUUUUUAAACAAAAAUGUUCUCUUGUAGGUACUCGAAAAAAUAACACUGCCUUUUCGAAAUAAUAGUAUUUCAUUCAAAUGAGUCUUAAUUUAAAACGAAACAAUGGCUAAGUAAAUAUAGUCAAGUAGCUUAUUGGUGAUUUUCCAUGUUAUUUUAGUUGAUUUUCAAAUCAAGUACUAUGGAUUUGAAUCUCUUGGGAAUUGGGAAAACACAUUUCAUUUAGAUCCGAAGAUGUCAGCAGACUGUCUCAGCUAGACCAUUAGUCAAUAAAAUAUACCUACUUUAUUUAAGUACAUGAUAUUUUACUUAAAUUUAUCUAACGCCUAAGUAUCUAUCUGUGCAAUCUUGUAAAUUAUGGUAUACUUACUAAAAUAUAUGCGUCACGUUUAAUUAUAUUUCUACAGCCUGUAAUAGUUUUUUCACUAUUUUCUAACUGAUCGGGUAGUUCAUUGAAAAGUUGUGGAACAACGUACUUUAUAGUUUUCUUACCGUAUUUAUUAAAAUAACGUGGCACGAUAUAUAAGGUUUUUUUUGGGUUUCAGGUGAAUGACCACCUGUGUGUUUAUAAUCAUUGUCCAUCCUGUAUCGAUUUAAGUAGUAAUACUUAAAAUAUCCACUCGAAGUUAAUGUAUCGCAUUUUAUUAGUAAAUUGUUUUUAUUAG